CAGUGAAUUACUCGCAGACGUCGCCUCACAAACACCUGAAGUGGGUUUAACUAAAAAUGAAAAUUUUGAUCAUUAUAUACUGCUCGAUUGUAAUGGUAAACCUUUGGACGCUCCCCCCCCUACAAGCGCUCCGACAAAAAAAACCUCAUCAGCAGCAGUGACAGUUGGUCCAGUUCUCGCUUCAUCUUGUAAAGAACUACUGGAGAGGAACAGAUCUCUCCCAAAUGUUGUUUACAAGUUACAAAAUGUCUCGCUCGAGCAAUAUGAUGUUUAUUGUCACAUGGAUGCAAUAUCUGGGUGUGGAGGAGGAGGCUGGACCCUACUGAUGAAAAUUGAUGGCAAUCAGAACGAUUUCAACUAUAACUCUUCAUACUGGACCAACAAGGUAGCCUACGAAGUCAAAGAUGGUCUUGAAGGCUUGACAGAAAAACAAACAAAGUUGGCUUCCUACUGGAACACACCAUUCAGCAAGAUUUGCCUCGGAAUGAAAGUCAAUGGUCAGACAAGAUGGAUAGCGCUGGACUACGCCGCAAGUUCGUUAUACAACGUGAUCAGAAAUGAAAUUUUUAAAAAUACAAGUGUGGGGAAGAAUAAAUGGAAAUCUCUUAUCGAUGGUUCAGUUUUGCAGCCUAAUUGUAACCAAGAAGGAUUUAGUAUUAAUAUAAAAUAUGAAAAAAAUAUGAAAGAAAAAGGAAAAACCUAUGUUUAUUCAAGCUAUCUUCGGGUCCGAAUUGGUAUCGUGGCAAAUAAUCAAGACGACUGCAAAAGUUGUGACUCGUGUAUUGGUUUUGGUACUUCAGCUGGAUGUAACAAUGAUAUAAGAAAAACAACAUGCGGCAAUAUGGCCAUUUGUAAUAACUUAAACAACAAAGACACUGCAGCAUUUGGAUUCAUACUUGUAAAUUAGUCUCACAAGAGGCCUCACAGAAGCAUAUUAACUUAAUUGUUGAACCAAAUCUUCAUGAAAUCAACACAUCAACAUGAACCUACGAUAGUAUUUCUAUAUCGAGUCUAGUUCUUUGAUAUCCUACAUGUAUAACCACCUAUUAUAGGUAUAUAGGCAUAUAUAAUUUAAAGAUCUAAAAUAGAGCACGCAAAGAAUGUUCGUUAUGCAUGUACAUAUAAUGUAUACGCUACAGUAUUAAAUGGAAAUUUCAAUAUUCAAAUAGAUUAGGAUAU